GCAGCCGCCGUGACUUGUGUCUCGCGCCAGCGCUGCGAGCGUUGGGCCCGCGCUCCGCUCCCUCACGGAUAUAUAUAUAUAUAUAUAUCUACUUAUAUAUAUGUGUAAAUCUAUCUUUUCUCAUUCGUCGAUAAAGACAUUCUAUUUUAACACGGCGCGCAGGAAGAGGAGCGGCUCGUUGCUGGGGGGGAAAAAAGGGGGCAUUUUACAAGUAAUGUCGAACCCCGGAGCUCGACGGAACGGGUCAAGCAUUAAAAUCCGGCUGACAGUGUUGUGCGCGAAAAAUUUGGCAAAGAAAGAUUUCUUCAGAUCACCUGACCCUUUUGCUAAAAUUAUUGUUGAUGGCUCUGGGCAAUGUCAUUCGACAGACACAGUAAAAAACACACUUGAUCCAAAAUGGAACCAACACUAUGACUUGUACAUUGGAAAAGCAGACUCAAUUACUAUAAGCAUAUGGAAUCACAAGAAAAUACAUAAGAAACAGGGAGCUGGCUUCCUGGGUUGUGUUCGGCUGCUAUCAAAUGCCAUCAGUAGACUAAAGGAUACUGGCUAUCAGCGGUUGGAUCUAUGCAAGCUCAAUCCCACAGACGGCGAUACAAUACGAGGACAAAUAGUUGUAAGUUUACAAACUCGAGAUCGAAUAGGAACUGGUGGUCCUGUUGUCGAUUGCAGAGGAAUACUAGAUAAUGAUCUACCUGAGGGGCCACUUUUUGAAGAUUCUGGACCUGGAAGGCCGCUAAGCUGUAUAAUGGAAGACACAGUCCCAUAUCCAGACAUAACUGGUGCUGCGGGUGGAGGGAAUUGCCAGUUGAUAGAGUCUCCAAACCAGGAACAGAGACUGCAGGCUCAGCGAAUCCGUAACUUUGGUGUUCGAGUUCAAAUGCACACGCCACAGAGCCGACCUCAUGGACAUCAGUCUCCUGUGCUACCAGAGGGAUACGAGCAGCGAACAACGGUACAGGGACAGAUUUACUUCCUGCACACACAGACUGGAGUCAGUACUUGGCAUGAUCCUCGAAUACCAAGAGAUCUUACAAAUUUUAACUAUGAUGAGCUUGGUCCUUUGCCUUCCGGGUGGGAAGUCAGAAGUACAGUGUCAGGAAGAAUAUAUUUUGUAGAUCAUAACAACCGGACAACACAGUUCACAGAUCCCAGACUGCACCAUAUAAUGAGUAAUCCCAGUCAGUUGAAGGAAUCAAAUCAGACCUUGCCUGCACCACCUGAGGUACCAGUGGAAGAAGGAGAGGGAGAGUGGUCUGUCCCACGAUGUGAGCGAGAUCUGGUGCAGAAGUUGAAAGUCCUGAGGCAUGAGCUUGCUUUGCAACAACCACAAGCAGGGCAUUGUCGUAUUGAAGUCUCCCGGGAUGAGAUCUUUGAGGAAUCAUACCGUCAAGUAAUGAAAAUGAGACCAAAGGACUUGAAGAAGCGUUUAAUGGUUAAAUUUAGAAGUGAAGAGGGUUUGGAUUACGGUGGAGUAGCCAGGGAGUGGUUGUAUUUGCUCUGUCAUGAGAUGUUGAAUCCUUACUAUGGGCUAUUUCAAUAUUCAACUGAUAAUAUCUACACACUACAGAUCAAUCCAGAUUCCGCAGUCAAUCCUGAGCACUUGUCAUAUUUCCAUUUUGUGGGCCGGAUAAUGGGACUGGCUGUAUUCCAUGGACACUACAUUAACGGUGGUUUCACAUUACCGUUUUAUAAGCAGCUGUUAGGAAAACCUAUCCAGUUAUCAGACUUGGAAACUGUGGACCCAGAAUUGCACAAGAGCUUGGUUUGGAUCCUUGAAAAUGAUAUUACGCCAGUGCUUGAUCACACGUUUUGUGUAGAACAUAACUGUUUUGGUCGGAUUAUUCAACAAGAGCUGAAACCAAAUGGCAGAAAUGUUCCUGUAACAGAAGAGAAUAAGCGAGAAUAUGUUAGGCUUUACGUGAACUGGAGAUUUAUGAGAGGAAUUGAGGCACAGUUUCUGGCUCUGCAGAAGGGAUUUAAUGAGCUUAUUCCACAGCAUCUCCUUAAACCUUUUGAUCAGAAAGAAAUUGAGCUUAUUAUUGGUGGGUUGGGGAAGAUUGACAUAAAGGACUGGAAAGCUAACACACGUUUAAAGCAUUGCACGUCUGACAGCAACAUUGUGAAGUGGUUCUGGCAAACGGUGGAGAUGUUUGAUGAGGAGCGAAGAGCACGACUACUUCAGUUUGUAACUGGUUCUUCCAGAGUACCUCUGCAGGGAUUCAAGGCACUACAAGGUUCUACAGGUGCUGCAGGCCCAAGGCUUUUCACCAUCCAUUUGAUUGAUGCCAACACAGAAAACCUUCCCAAAGCACAUACAUGUUUUAAUCGUAUAGACAUCCCUCCUUAUGAGUCUUACGAAAAGCUUUAUGAGAAAUUGUUGACAGCAGUGGAAGAGACAUGUGGCUUUGCAGUGGAGUGAAGUACGCCAGUCCUUUUGAAGCUGUUAGGAACACUACGGAAAGGAAUUUCUGCAAGCAUCAGAAUGAGUGGCGCACUGUGUAACUGAGAGAACUAACAAUUCACUCACACGGGUGCUAUAACUUACGAAUGAUGUAAAGACGCUGAUCGCUCAGAAACUGAAAGGCAGCAGGAUUUCGAAAAGAGGAAACCGGGGAGCUCAAGUAAAGAAGAUACUGACAGACAGAAAAAUGGACCUGUUUCAGUUGUAUCAUACAUUUUUAAGUUGUGUGCUUGAAACUUUAUUUCAAAAACUUUGCACAGUGAACGAUGACAGAUCCUUGCACAUUUCACUUCCUUAUAUUCUUUUAACCAUUCACCCUCAUAAAAAUGGUCCAACGGAAACGUUUCAUUCUUCCAAAAGCUGAAACUGACGUUUAAAAAUACUGGAUGCUAAACUAGAAAUAGGUAAUUUUCUAGCUUGAGUAUUCCUUUUUUAUCAACUCUUUCAGCGCAGACAGUAACUAUACUUGGUGCGUUUUGAUCAAAUCAGAUUAUUUUUAUCUAUAUUUUGUUAAAAGAAUUGUAUUCCUCAACAAUAUGAUAGGUAACUUUUUAGGAAUAUUUACAAAAAAACUUGUUCUAUUGUGAUGAAUCCUUUAAUACUGCAGUCAUGUUUUGGCUCUAAAAUUAACAUUGUAAUCAUGCUCAAAUGUUCGUUUUACGAACAGCUUGAGGUAAGGUAUUCUCUAUUUAUUCCUUGAAUUCCACUUCACAAUGCACAUAAAACAAACAUCAAUUUUUACAGAAUUAAUUUAAAAAUAUGAGCUGAAUGUAUAGAAACAUGAAAGUGUCUUUCAGUACUCAAAGACUGAUCCAUUCGGAGUCCAGCGUUGAAAGAGUUAAUGGAGGACAAUUGACAGACAUUGCUGCUGAGGUGAUUUUUUUUUCUUCCUCCUCAGUCUUACUUUGCUGUAAAUCGGGUUUGUCUCUGAAUCUCCUUGUUCCCUUGCCACCUUUCCCUUAGCUGGGAACCUAUAAUAGCAGACAUCCGUGAAGCACCCAAUCUCAAGAAAACUAGAGAAAUGUGCCAAGUGUGAAACUGGUUUACAUGACAAUUUAUGGGCAAGACCAUUCCAAGAGACUAAGCAUAUUAAGUUAUGAAAUUUUAUUAUCAUGCUAUUUACAUCCAUAUUUUAACAAUUUGCUGAAAAGUUUUUGCCUUUUUGUUUCGGGAUGCUGAAUUGAGGUUAUUUUUAAUUAAGAUCAUGAAGGCUUCUGAAGACAUGAAUAAGCAAAAAAGGAAAUAUUUAAACUGUGUUAGUGCCGUCAACAUUAAGGAAGACUCUGGAACUUUAAACGGGAGCCGUGUAUGAACCAUACAUUGUUAAACCAUACAUUGAAUUCCAUGUUCUUCCGCCCCUUUUCAAAUGAGACAUUUAUUCCUUUUCUUGUAUUUGAUGAUCUUAAAUUGUGUAGUUUUCAAGCUAAUAUUGUGUGGCUAUAAAUCAAAAUAGUUUGAUAACAACAAUGGUGUAAACACUCGUAGAAAUGAAUUCAUUUUUACGUCGGGUAACUAAAGGAAUUGUGACCAAUAUCAUGUCUGUUUUAAGUCCAUGUUAAGGAUUUGAGCAAAAUCAAGUCUACUUAUUAGUGCUUUUUCUAUGUCGCUGUUGAUCACUACUGAAAAGUUUAGACACCUGCUCAAAAGAUUCAUUUUGAAGAAACAAUUUUUAUUUUAUAAUCUGGGAUUAAACAAAAUCCCUGUGUUCUACAAAAAUCACAGCUUUCAACUCAUUGCAGUCUCACUGAACCUAAUAAAUGUUGCAUAAAUUCAAGAAAAAAUUAAAAGCAUAUUGCACUCAUUGAUUUUACACAGUGACCAACCAAUUCAAAUCUUUAAUCAAUGUAGCAUAGAAAUCAAUUUCUUUGUCUAAAACAUUGGAUUUUAUUUUCAAUAUUAUUGAAGCAGAACUGAAAUCUCAGUCUCGGAUACUACAGUUUGGCAAAGUGUGUGGAGAAGGUUUGGGGAGAGUUAUAUUUUAUAGCCUAGAAAGGGGAUUUCAAUUUCACUGAUAUGACAAAAGAAUUACAAUUUCAUAAUAUUUCAGUGCUGAUUGCAUGUAAAAGUUGAGUGCUUGUCAACAAUAUGUUGUCUCGUGCUAUUGGACAUCAGAGAGAUUUACUUCUACAUUUAUUAAUGCACUGUAUUUAAGCAGUUUUUAUAUCUAAAGUUCUCCCUAAUUUAUGGGUCCAUGAUAUAAUUUAAAGUCCUUUCCAAAUAUUAUUCCUUGAUUAUUAUUUUUUGUAACUAUUACAUUGACGUAACCUGACACUAAAUUUAUAAAGUACACGUUAUGAAUUUUUUACUGCUAACUCUAGUAAAUCCUAGAGAGAUAUCUAGAACAAUUCUCUGCCUUUUUGCUUGAAUUAGCAGCACCAUGAAAUAAUGUCAUGAGUGGUUACUGUGUUCUUUGCAAAUUGAUUAAUUUUCUUUAUAUAACCCUUUAACUCAGUAGGUACCUGAUUGUUUGAUGUACAGAUGAUCACUGAUCACUAAAAUUAAUUUUCCAAAUUGGGCGUGUUAAGUUGCAUGUUGCCAGUAAGAUUCCCUUCCGUACAAAAUCCCAAAGCAAAAGACGUGCGUUUGACGAUAAAGGAAGCGUUUCAAAUCAGAGCUCAAAUUCAAAUCGUGGUUUUCAAAUUGAAUUUUGAAAUUGAUACUGAAUGUUAGGGUUUUUUUUUAACUUGGUCACUUGAUUACUUAAGAAAUAUUUGGAUAAUGUGAAAUUGGCAUUUACUGGUUUCAAAGUUGUGCUGCAAAGAAUAUUGUUGCUUUUACCACUAACUUUGGAAAACGUUUUAAUUCUAUGGGAUUAAACAGACUAAAUGCUACUUUUAUGUCACCGCAUUCCAGCAGCUGAGAUUUCUGCGCAGUUUCAAUUGUAAUGUCAAUUUUGUUGUGUAAAAAUGCAAAACCAUGCAUUUCCUUGCAGUUUUAGGAUAUUGUAUCUUGCAAAUGCACGGACGUUACAGUUUUAAAACUUGCGCGCACAGGCGUUCUGGACGUUAUGCAGUAAGAUAGAAAGAAAGUUCUGAAAAAAACUUUCAGCUCUUUCUUUCUCUGAUGUUCUAAAUUUGGAACACAGACGCCACAAUGACUUUUCUUUCCCAAUCCCAUAAAGGACUAAGCCAAGGACAACAGAAAAAAACAAAGUGACUGCAGGAACUUAUUUGUUGCAAGUUUUAGAAGAAAAAUCAGCAGUUUCAAAAGAGAACAGAAUUCAAGGAUUAUAAUUCUGAAAUAUUUUGUGAAACAUAAUACAAAUAUUCAAAACAGCCUUUACAUUGUAAAGUAAAAUUAUAAUUCUGCAGCAUAAGAUGAAUCCAGGAUGGUGAUACUUUGUUCGGUCAAUAUUAGCUGGUCAGGCAAGUUACUCUCAGAAGCCACAGUGAUGAGGAAAGAGUUGAACAUUUAAUCUUAUAGCACUUUAACGUUAAACACUAAUUGUCCAAUGUUCCAAAAGUAAGAUAUAAUUGCAGUACUUCAAAUUAACAGUUAUUAAAAUGCAGGUUACUAUUAUGUACAUAACUGGCAGAGAAGGGGAAAUUAGUUUGGAAUUCUACAACUAAAUAGCAAUUGGCUACAGAGAAACAUUUGGUGGUAAAGUUGGGCAUUGAGAAGGGGGGGAAAUGUUUUUAAUCAUUGAUUUCUAACUAACUAAUAAUAAUAAUAAAUUUAUUUUAUGGGUGCCUUUCAAGAGUCUCAAGGACACCUUACAAAAUUUAGCAAAUAGAGUAAAAACAUGUAAGCGGAAUGAAAUAAAUAGUAAAGACAUCACCAGUACACAAAUUCUUAACUGAAUGACAAAUAUAAAUGCAACAAGAUCAUAAAGGCAGAAAACAUUUUAAUAUAUUGAUUUUACAUAUAAGAUACAAUGUGUUUCCACUUAAUUUUUUUAAUGGAUUAAUUGCAUUGUAGAACAAAGUAGUUUGGGUAGGUUAUGAAAUCUAUGCACCUUUCAGAACCAUCUCUGUUAGAAAAUGGGAGGAUAAUUGAAGACCAUAUUUACAAAGAAGUAUGUUCAGGGUUUUUUUUCCCCCCUGGAUUUGUUUCCAUCUAAUCCUAUGGCAAAAGAACACCAGCCUAUCUAAAUUGAAAUUUAUAAACCUUGGAUGUAAAUCAACAAAGUGUUCAGGUCGAACUUCCAUUUCGAUAGCACAUUUCACAAUCGCGUGUGCCCCAAAUGCAGCCAAUUCAGUAUAUUUGAGGUCUUGCCACAAUUGUAGGAAGUACAACAGCUAGUUUGUCCCACCAGUAUAAUAGCAAAAAUGGAAGCACACAGCAGUUCAGGCAGCAUCUAAGGAGAAGUCUGAGAUUAUCAGAACAUACAUAAGGUCAGUUUUUCCAAGCAGUAAAUUUAUGUGUGUUAAAUGAGUAUAUUGGAAACCUGAUGCUAUUGUUUGAUAGGAAAGAUUUGGUGUGGAAUAUUUCUAUUUUAAAAUUCACUCUUCUGGCUUAGCCCAGAGGAAUGAACUUAAAUCUUAUAAACUGAAUUUAUGCUGAUGCAGUUCUCAUUUUGUCAGUCACUUAGAAUGGAAAGAAAUGCUUAAAUGGUUAGAAGACAUUUACAGACUUUUUACCAGGCCAAAAUUUUGCACAAAUGGAUGCAUUGGAUGAAUUGGGACAUAGAUGGUAAAUAGAACGAGGAGAGGAGGUUCAUAGAUGCUAACUAUUCCUCUGUUGCAAUAGAAAUAUCUUGCUCGUUGAACUCCGAUUUGUUGCUGUUUUGGAUGAAGUUCUUCAAUUCUGGUGUGACUGUAAUGCUGCUGUUGCCAGUAUCAGUGCUGACAAAUUAAUAUAAAAAUUGAGAUUAUUAGUUGCUGAUUUUCAAAAUCUGGGGAUUGUUUGGAAAAAUUUACAGAGCAUAUUUUCUCAAUCAUUGCAGAACCAUAUCUAAUGUUUAGUCUUUGUAUAACGCAUUACAGAGGUUAUUGUGUUUUCAAAUAGUGAAAUCAUUCUCCAGGUUAGGGUGGGAGAGGAAUAGGAGAAUCAAGUAUGUUUUGUUUUCUUCUGCUCCUAUCUGUGAUAUGUACUCACUGGAACUGAAGGGAGUAAAAAAAUCACUCAGCAAGAUGUGGUAAAGUCUGUCUAUAAAUGAAUAGCCAUAGCUCUUUCUUCGUUCUCUGAUGCUCUAAAUUUGUUGCUUCAUUAAGGAAGACAGAUAUGAUUGCCGUGCAAAUCUUAAUUGAGAAUUGAAUCGGACUGCACUGGUUGAAGCUAAAAUAUGUACGAUCAGUGAAUGUUGCCAGCUUCAUGCGUAUUGCAGUAUUUUGGGGCACUUAUUGCAUGUCCACACUUUUGUCCCAGUGAUAGUUUAAAGGGUCGGCUUUAUUGAUGGAGUACUGGAAGUAAAACAUAAUUAAUUUACCUCAGCUGAUGGUGUGUCUGCCCUUAAAAUUAUUGAAGUGCUGUAGAAAUACUUGGGAUAUACUCCCCUCUCUGCCAUUCUUGCAUUUCUGCGAAGAAAUUAUUUUGGGGAAGAUCUACUGACCCCACCAAAUUAGCAUUUAACAGUGCUGCCGUUGAUUAAAUUUGGGCUUGUUUUUUCUUUAAUGACGUAAAUUUCCUGCAGUGCAUUGAUUAGUGUAAAUUAUGAGGACAUGCAAACGAUAGGCAGGGAAGAAUGGGGUAAGACUUGAAUGCGUGUAACACCAUUUGAAAUAACCGCUUGCUUUUUGACCUCUCGAAAUAGUAGCGGCCUGACUAUUUAGAUGAUUAUUUCUGUGAAAUGAUGGUAUAUGUGGAGCUAAAAGAGGAAAUGAGGGGAGAGGACCAAAUUCAGAUUUCAAGUAAAAGAUCACUAAACUGAGGAGAUGGGACAUUCAUUUACACCUGUGGAUUCCUAAUAUCUUUUCAAUUCCUUUCUUUGAGUGAUUUAUGUUCUGCAAGAACCCUAUGUCCGUGGGCUCAGUCAAUGACCAAGUAAAUCACUCACACAUAUAUUGGUAGAUUAAUUGUUUGCCACUGGACCUGACAGGUAGUGGUGUGAUGCAAGUAAGCAAUGGUGAAAGUCCAUUGAUGCUAACAUCUAUUUUGAAGCUAUUUUUAAUUCUUUGGUUGGCCAAUGCAAUGCAGUAGCAUUGCAAAUAACAACAGCAUCUCACUGUAUUAAUCUAGUAAUUUUUGCCUAUAUAAUUCCAGAUUAAGGAAAACUACUGUAUAAUAUAUAAUAACCCUAGAGUUUUCUAACGUGUCUCCUAAAUUUAUAUAAUGACAGAAAUAUAACUGCAAUAAUCAUAGCUUAAUAAAUAUUGGAUGAUGCAAUUUUAGCCAACCCUUAUUUCACUUUUCCCUUGUAAUAUUGAACAAAAAAGUGCCAUUUCCAAUAUAACUUGCAGUUGUGUAGCUUUCUUGCCGUUUGUUAAUAUCUACACCAAGAUCGUCUGAUAAAGAGAAGUUACCCAUGAGAGUUAGAGGUUCUACACUGACUUUUGUGGGCUUUUCUGGAAUAAUUUUUUUAAAGAUAGCACUCCUGAAGGUGAAAGCUCUGUAAUAGUCAAAAGGUUCAAAGCUGCUUUGCUCCUUUCUUGAAACACACCAAGUCUUUUAUGUAAGAGAUCUGUCCUUUUUAUUUUCUGUAAUAAACUUACUUUUGCAAAUUAAAUUGUUUUGACACAUAUUUAUUAACUAGUAACUAAUCUGAGGAAAAUUUAUUGCUGUAUUAACUUUUUCAUUGUUGCUGCUAAAGUCUUUUAGCACCAGUUUUGUCGUGAACAGUGUAUAAAAUCUUUGUUUUAACUGUGAAUCGAGGUAUUUUUUAUUAUUGAUGGUAUUGAAUGAGGUAUGGACUGAAUUUGAUGGCUGGUAGUUGAGUAGAUGUUGGACUCAAGGCCACAUUCAUUUUUGUUACAUGCAAUAAAAUUUGAACUUUAAA